AGGAGUCAUUCUCUCUUAGAAAGAAGAAAAGAUGGUCAUUUUCCAUCAAUAAGAAGGAAUCAUUUUCACUCAAAAAGAAGAAAGAAUAGUCAUUCUCCAUUAACAAGAAGCUGUUCUCACUCAAAAAGAAGAAGGGAUAGUCAUUCUCAAUUAACAAGAAGGAGUUAUUCUUGUUCAGUAAGAAGGAUAGUUUAA